GAACUCGACUCGUUGGGAUCUGGAUGAAACUAUAUAAUUGAUGGAAAAAUCGAACAUCCACCAUUUGAGUGCGAGGAGGUACUCGAGAUGAAGGUUUUCUUAGGUUUGUGCGUUUUGGCUAUUUUAGCCGGUGCUUCUGCCGACUGCGGUUGCUUAAAAUGUAAUCCAAACUUCCAAGUGGUCUCUCCAAGGUAUAGCCCUUGCAAAGUUAUAUACAGAAACAACAACCUGAAUCUCCCAAGUAUAGCACCAUACAAACUUCAAGCAGCAGUUCCACCACCACCUCCAGUUUUUGUACCCAAAGAAUACGAUUAUAAGAUGCAAUUCCUUCCUUAUGCCACCAACCCUUACGUGGGUUCUGUCUAUGAAUAUGGUCUGCAAGCUGCUGUAGUCCCCCCACCUGGACCAUUGCACAUUCCUCUCCAAAACUUGAGAACAGGAGUAGAACGUGUUGUAAUGGAUGCACCAGCAAACGCUUUGGGCUGUGGUACCUCAACUUGCCACCCAGGUUUCUUCAAAAAAUCUCCCUUACCUGUUCCCUUACCUCUUCAUCUUCACCAUCAUCACCAUCACGAUUGUGGAUGUGAUUCAUGCCGAAGUGAUUCUUGUGGAUGUGGCUCAUCCCGACGAGAUUCUUAUGGAUAUGAUUCUUAUGAUGGAGACUCCUGUGGUUGUGACACUUGUGGAUGCGAUUCUUGCAAUAGAGACCGCAACACACUCCUGAAAGAGGAAGAUGCAGAUGCUGGUUACAAAGGCCCAAUAAUAGAACCCCUACUGGCUCCACUCUGUUCAAGGAUCUAAGGACCGAAAUCAAUGGCAAACAUCGGAAGAAAAUUUGAUGGAUCUUAAAAUUGAAGCCAGAAUAAAAGAAUCAAACCUA